AAACUAAUGAAAAAUGGAAUGAAACUACAAUUACUGAAAUCUGUGAAGCUUACUUUAAGACAUUGAAAAAAGAACGUAACACUACCCCGGCUGCAAAAAAGUUGAAUGAUCAACAUUCACGACAGCCUGCCUUAAACAAAAUUCCCGAAAACAAUUUAAAUUAUCCUAAAAUUGAAGUUGAAAGAUUAUUUUCUUUUGAGGCAACAUCCCCGGAGGUGUCUGAUGCUGAAGAGAUUCCAAUAUCUGGCUCUGAUGAUCUAAAUAUAGCUCAAAGAAAUUAUUAUCUUGUAGAGGAUUUUAUUAAACGAAAUCGAGUGGAAAAAUUAAAUUCUGGAGGCCGUCAUUCUUACACUACUCCUCUUCCACGUGAAAUUAUUAAAAUGGACGAUUCAAGAUGGAUUACGAUGCGAUCAAUGAUUCCUCCAAAACCGAAAGACCUCCCAAAUUGGGCAUGGAAUCAGAUCGAUCCAAACGAAUACUUUGAAAUUUCUGAUGACAUAUAUGAAGAAGAGUAA